AUGAGUAACGUGAUCUUCGUUGGCUCGGUGGCCACUUUGGCCUUUGUAAUCGCUUCCCUCAUCACCAUGGUUGCUCUACUGAAGGAGAUUUCUGACCUCCAGAUGGAAGUCCAGGUUGGCAUGGAUGAAUUCAAGGGGAUUUCGGAAGAUACAUGGAGCCGCAUCAUGACUAAGCAUUUGCAUCCUAGCGGCGUUUCGGACGCUGUGCCCAAUUUCGAAUCUCUUUUCGCGCGCCGUCCUCGUGCAAAUGGUUUUCCAGAACAGUGCAAUUGUGGAGAGAAAUCUAGAGACUGCCCUCCUGGACCACAAGGACCUCCCGGUCCUAAAGGCCCUCCUGGAGAGCCUGGAAAAGAUGGCGAGGAUGGAAGACCGGGAGCUCCGGGUCUUGCUCUUGCGGUGACUCACGAACUUCCUGGAGGCUGCAUUAAAUGCCCUGCUGGGCCACCGGGACCACGAGGUCCUGCUGGAGACCAAGGACCACCAGGACCAGCAGGACCUUUCGGUCACCGUGGACCUCCUGGAAACGCUGGUCCUGUUGGAGAUGCCGGACCGCAAGGAGACGAGGGAGCACCUGGAGCAAGUGGACGUCCCGGUCCAGCAGGACCACCUGGAGAACCAGGAGUCCAGUAUACUCCUGGAUUAGCUGGUCUUCCUGGGACUCAAGGACCACGUGGACCUCCAGGAGAACAGGGACCAACUGGACCCGACGGAAAGAAUGGAGAACCAGGGCCGCAAGGCCGUCCUGGCCGUAAUGGGAAGGACGGACAUCCUGGUAGAAAUGGUUUACCGGGACCGCGUGGAGAAAAUGGAAAGCAAGGAGCCGAUGCUACAUACUGCCCUUGUCCACCGCGCCACAAGCGUACGUGAGGCGCUUCUUUGACAAUGGCGGAUAUGCGCAGUUGCAAAAGCACCUUUGUUGAAGUAAAUGCCCUUACAAUAUUUGCACCGUAGCUACAAUCUCAUUGUUGCCCGAUGAAAGACAAUCUGUUUCUACACUGGCUUGCAAC